AUGAAAAACCGCAGAAGGUUGUUGGAUUCCGCUAUACCAUCUCUCUUCUUACCAGUUUUGGCACCCGUCCCUACCAUAAGUGCAAGUGCGGAUAUUGCAGCUAAAAAUACGGAAAUUCCCGUGGCCGGCACAUCGUUUAAAAAAACGAUUGCUGGUUCACCGCGGAAAGACGCUAAUAACACGCCAACACCUAAAAAUCAGAACCAUUGCUUAGAAACGCCUACAAAACAAAAAAGAAAAUUUUCUCCUAUUCCUGAUACGCCAUCUGCAUUUGAUACUCCAGUUAAAAAACACCUUUGUAGAAGAAUCAUUGAAUUAAACAACGUAGUGAACAAAAAAGACAAAAAAAUUAAAAAGUUAAGCGAUUCCAACAGAAGACUAAAAAGACAAAUAGUUUCUUUGAAGUCAUUAUUGGCAAAAUUAGUAAACAAAAAUUUAAGACUUAUGUCUACGUAG